AAGUUAGACGCGAGAAUUUUUUACUUUUUCAAUUAAAAUGGCCUAAAAAUUAUCAAAUAAAUUGCAUAAACAUUGCAGAAUCACAAUUUUUCUAAACACUCACACACACACGCGCAUAUGCAUAUGCAUACAUGUGUAUAUAUGCAUGUAGAAGAGCCAACGAACUUCUCGUGCAAGAGCGACGCCGCCCAAGAAUGAAACACAAGGCAACAUAAGAAGACGGACAACCAAAACGAAGCAGAAGAAAUUUUUAUAAGCGGUUGUUGUUGUGCUUUCAUAUACGUUCCACAUACAAAGAAAGCAAAGUAUAGAACCUCACGUUCAAAUAAUUCCAAAGAAGGACGAAUCCUAAGAUCCUGAGAAAAAUUGCAGCAGCAGAGGCAGCAAAAACAAAACGAAUUAUUUUAUUUGCUGCAAAUUAAGAGUUUUAAUUUAAUUUUGAUUUAUAUGUCAUUGUGAUACGUUUCUCUAUAGUAUUGUAAGUUUUUGUUUUUCUUUUAAACGUCUUGACAAACGUAAAGAAGGCAAAUAACCAAAAAUUGAAAAGGAACUCUGUUAAAAAGAAACCAAAAAAAAGAAAACGAAACGAAAAGAAAUUAUAAAAAUGCAUUCCACAAGCAUUGAGAUUAUGUUUAAGAUUUUGCUGCUGUUGAUCAGCUACCAUAAUGAUGUGACCCUGAUUGAGGCCUGCUCUAGUCGUACCGUUGUGCCCAAGCCAAGGCCCUCGAUGUCGUCGAUGUCGGGCGGCGGUGUCGACAAUGCUUGGCCCCUGCCACCCACCCAGGCACCCAUGACCAGUACCACAACCAUACGGACAACAACAACAACGCCAAGACCAAAUAUAACAUUCCCCACAUACAAAUGCCCGGAAACUUUCGAUGCCUGGUAUUGCCUGAAUGAUGCCCAUUGCUUUGCUGUUAAGAUCGGUGAACUGCCAGUCUAUAGCUGUGAAUGCGCCACUGGCUUUAUGGGUCAACGUUGCGAAUAUAAGGAAAUCGAUGGCUCCUACACACCCAAGCGUCCACGGCCCAUGCUUGAGAAGGCCAGCAUUGCAAGCGGUGCCAUGUGUGCCCUCGUCUGCAUGAUUUUCAUUUGUGUGGCUCUCUAUUUGCGUGUUGAGAAUCGGGCCACCAAGAAGGCCUACGAACUGGAAACAGAGGAAGAGGAUUAUAUGCAAGAUACAAUUGGGGGUCCAUCGGCAUCGUCAGGCGGUCAUUGCGAAUGCUGUUGCUGUCACCAGAAAUGCUGCGAGGAUGACGAGCCUCCUCUAAUAGCCGAACGGCGGAAUCUACCAUAUUAUAUGCGUUUGGAGCACGCUCUAAUGUCGUUUGCCCAACGACGUAGCAACAGCACCAGGGACUAAAUAAUAUUACCAAUCACAAGAAUAUGCCUCUUGCCUUUUGCAUGCUAUCUCUCUCACUCACUCUCUUAAAUAUGACGAAUUUUUGAAUUUUGAUGUGCUUUAAGCCGCCGCUUGGUGAAGCGUGCUCCUCCUAUACCCUUACCCUCUACCCAAAUGUUCAAUUUGUAGACGCGUCUAACUGUAUCUCUUGUCAUGCUGAAUUUAUUUCUUACAUAUAUCCGAAUCUGUAUUUUAUGUAUUAUUUCUAAUAUUAUUACCUUAUGUGCUAGACUAUUAUUUAUUUUUUUUUUUUAAUUACUACUUUAUAAUGCUAAGACAAAUUUUUGAUAUACGUAUCCAUCACAAAUACUACACGCGCCAAGUAUUAUUUAUUAUGAGAGAAAAACUAAGAAUAUAUACACGAAAUAUAUUACGAUAUUUUUUUAAACAAAUAAAACAAGAACUGCACUUUAUAUAACGAAA